ACAUUUUCAACAAGUCAGUCAAUAAACUGAAAUUGUUUUAUUUGUUAUCGCUUCCACAACAAAAGACUCAUCACAAAAAUCAAGCUUAUUCUCAUGGUCCAUCCUGUUCUCAUGAAAAGUUACAACACAGACUACUUAUUUAUCGUACUUAUUCUGCUGCCAGAAAUAUGGACUACGAUUAUCUUAUAAAACUGCUUUGUGUAGGGGAUUCUGGUGUUGGAAAGACGAGUUUUCUCUACAAGUACACUGAUGGGGUAUUUCAUACCCAGUUUAUAUCCACUGUUGGCAUUGACUUCAGAGAAAAGACCGUCAUUUAUCAGCAAAGUGGGAGACAACACCGCAUACAUCUACAACUUUGGGACACUGCUGGACAAGAGAGGUUCAGAAGUUUGACCACAGCUUUCUAUAGAGAUGCCAUGGGUUUCCUUUUGUUAUUUGAUUUAACAAAUGAGGCAUCUUUCCUUGAAGUUAGAAACUGGAUAGAGCAGUUAAAGACACACAGCUUAAGCGAUGACCCUGACAUAGUGCUAUGUGGUCACAAAUGUGACCUGCAAGAGAAGAGACUAGUCAACCAGAACCGUGCGCGAGAGUUCGCUAAGAACUACAACUUGCCGUAUUUGGAGACCAGCGCUAAAACUGGCCAAAACAUCGAUCGCGCCAUCGAAAUUCUUCUAGAUAAAGUUAUGAUUCGUAUGGAGUCGUCAGUAGAGUAUGCUAUGCUGUGCGCCUCAGGAAGACGUAAGCAAUCCCUACAGAAGUUACAAGCGAAACAAGACAGAAAGCUAUGCUCCUGCUAGAAAUAUCGUCAUCUGUGAUUGUUAAUAUACAUUCCUCUUUGAGCUAUCACAGUUUAUAAAACUUUGUAACCAUGUGGAAAGAACGAUUAAACUUAAACUCCCCGCAGACCACAGACUUUUAGUCGGCCGAUAGUUGGGCCCGAUUUUAAUUUGUAUAAAGAAUCGGCCGAUACUAAUAUGCGCAUUUUCAUACAAAGGUCGAUACAGGGGGCGUAGUGUGAGUUUACGUCAAACGCAUUCGAUGUCGACUGCGUAAAAAAGUGACAUUAAAUGUAUGACGGAUUGUACAGCGCCCCUAGCGGCAACUUUAAAGAUCUUAAAUCUUCAUUUUUUUUAACGCGCUCGCUAGUGACGUCGUUUUAUGUAAACUAAGCCCUCUAAUUAACAGCCCGACCCAACUAUCGGCCGACAAAAAGUAUGUAGUCUGCGGCUAGCCUUACAGUGACCUGAUAAGCUCUAACAAUUUCAACCUGUGUAUAAUAGAUCUAAAUUCCAUGUGUGUCUGGAUUGCAUGCAGCUCCUCCAUUUGGCUAAGGGAGUGCAGUGUAUCUAUCAUAAUAUAUUUUAUUUACUGUCUUAUUUGUUAAUAUGAGCGAUGAAGUUAUGCACUGUAAUAUUAUAAACACGUUUCAUGUAAUUUGGUAAACUGGUUACAAAAUAUGACUAUUAUAUUCUAUAUUCCAUUUUAUAUUCUUAUACAUAUACUAUAACAAACUACAUCACAAUUAUAUUAGUUAUCGUACAAUUUAUUCCUAUUUAUAUGCCUAUUUUAUAAAUAUUUAAGUAACUUUAUUAUACAUACAUAGUAUGGCGUUUUGCCUAUUUCAUAUUUUAUUAUCUAAAUAAGAACAUUUAAAAGAUCUGAAAAAAAAAUUAGAUAGUUUAAGAUAGGUUUGGGUGUGCUAAUUUAUUUCAGUAUACAAUUGGUAUUUCAAUAUUGCUUUCACUUGAUAAUGAAGAGGAAAUGGUCAGAACCAAAAUUUUACACACAGGGCAACACCGAUUUAUGAGACUGAUUUUUAUUUACAAAAAAAAAAAAAAAAAAACGAAAAUUAGUACAUUAUUAGUUUGAACUUUUGAAGAAUUUAUUCCUAU